UUUUAAAUGGACCUGAGGUAUAGUGUUAUUACUCAUUCUCUGAAUGGAUACCGAACAAAUAGAUUCUGUAGAUAUUGCAGUUGAUGAGCAGUUGAGUGAAAUCUUCAUUAAUCAACUGUCAUUAGCUAAUCCUGUUAUUUCUUUGGUUGACCAACAAGUAUCAUUAAGAGUUGAGGAUUGCCAAAAAAAUGAAUCUAAAGAAGGAGAUUGCCAUAUUUUCAAUUAUCAGGAAUUUAUAAGUAGGGCUCCUCGAAAGGGAUCAGAAAAGGAUGCAAAGAGAUUAAAACAUGAUUUUACACAGCUGAAUUUAGAUGUUCAUACCCACAAAAAUUUAUUAUAUGAAGAAACGUUUGAUGUUUUAAAGGAAGCUGCUAGCAAAGUUUAUUCAAAGUGCAAAUAUUUUAUUUGCUGUUUUCUGACCCAUGGUAGCCAAAAUAUUUUAUGGGCAAAAGAUAGAAGCAUGAAUAUUGAUGACAUUUUAACCAUAUUUUCUGAAUCGUCUUCUUUGAAAGGAAUACCAAAGAUUUUUAUCAUUCAGGCUUGUCGAGGUACCGAGGCUGAAUUGGCAGCACCAAUGGAAUCUACUGACUCUAGCUUAUUGGCUGAAACUGAAGAAUAUCUGGAUUUUCUUAUUGUAAACUCUACAUAUUUAGAUACGGUUUCAUUUAAAACUUCAGAUGAAGAAGAAGAUAAAUGCCAUGGAUCUUUCUUUAUAAAUGAAUUCUGUCAUUCUCUUGAACAAUUUAGUGACACUCUGGACUUAUUUGAAAUCUUAACUGAUGUAAACUAUCGUAUGGCAAAUAUUUUCCUGAGUCACAACAAAAAGAACAUAGAGUAUGAUGAAAAGAAACAGAUGCCUUGUUUCUUUUCAACUUUGAGAAAAGAAGUGAAGUUUAACAAAAAAAUUGAAAAAUUUGAGACUGUUGAUACCCAAUAUUUUGAAAAGAGAAGAAAAAGACAUGGAUCUGGCAAUGAUAGAACUAUUUAUCCCUUAUCAGAUUUCAAAUAUGAUAUCAAAAAGGCUAAGAGGGUUUUCUUUCUGUCUGUUGUAAAUGAGAAAAUUGGCGAAGGAGAUAUUCCCUUACGAAGGGCUAUCCAUUCUUUAGGGUCAGAUAUUGCCAUUGGAAAAUAUACUCUUAAAGAUUUUCAUGGCAAAUUUAGAAAGUCUGAUUUAUUGAAAUUUCUUGUAGAAGGUAGUAAUCUAGUUGGAGCAAGAAAUGAAUCUAAUGCAAAAAAAUCUUCAGAAGUAGAUUGUCUCAUUUGUUAUAUUGCUGCCUAUUCUAGAUAUGAUUCUAUUUGUGAUGUAAAAGGGAAAAAAAUUUCCAAAAAGGAAGUAGUUGAGAAGUUUAUAGGUCAACAGAAUAAAUCAUUUGUAGGAAAGCCUAAAAUAUUUAUAUUUUUGCUGCGCAAAUUACUUGAGAACGAAAAACUUCCUGAUGAAAGAUUUUGUGAUUUUGAAUCUUCUGUUGAAUCUAAUGUAAAGUCUAAAUAUAGUGGUAAAGGAUAUGGCAUUAGUACUGAUUCUGCUGGAGAAAUUGAUAAACAGUCUACUGAUAAAAAAUUUGAUACAGGAAUAGAAUCUACUGAUGGUGGAAUGAUUGGUGAAAAUUUAAUUCCUGUCCAUGCUGAUAUUUUAGAAAUUUGUAUAACUGUUACAGAUUGGAAGCAUGUCAUUGAACCAAUGGGCUUACUUAGCAAGAUGCUUAAGGAGAACCGUUCUGAAGAUUUACUGAGCUUAUUAACUAAAUACAAUUUUGAAUUAGUUGAAAAACAUAAUUUUUUUGAAAUUCCAACAACAAUAUCCAGUUCUUACAAGAGGUCAAAAAACUCUUUUUCUGUGACUUCUACAUUAACCAAAACUUUGUUUUGGCCUUAAAGCAUAUUUUUUUCAUGAAAGCAUAUUUUUUUCCUUAAAGCACAGUUCUCUUUAUGACUGAAAGAAGAUCUUAAAAAUAUUUUUUGUGAGAUAGUAAACUGAAAUAAGAUAUUUUUUCAAUGUCCCAGAAUCCGCUAUUAGGAUAAACUGUAUCCUAAUCAAAAUGUUAUUAAACAUAUAUUUCCACCAGUGAUGAACUAUAAUCACAGCAGGUUUUACAUUUUAUGAUUGUAUAGUUGGGAAGAAAUAUUAAUCAAUGUAAUGUUUUUGAAGCUGCUAUGAUCUUUAUACUGAAUGCAGAUGUCUUCAGCAGUAUAUUUAUACAUUAUAAAUGUUUUGGUAACUGGAGUAAAUAUAGAUAAAAAGGGGAGGGGACAAAUAAAUAAUUUCUAAUUUACUACCAUUAUGUGGUACAAUAUAAAGAAAUUUACAAAAAUAAGACUUCUUUAUUAUUAUUGUUUGCAAUUACUAAAAAUUCAAUAUAAUAUACUGUUGAAGAUUUGCACCUCAAGGAUUACAAACCAAGGUUUAAGAACUUUUGAUCUAAAAUAUUAAAUAUUAUUUAACAACUUAAUUUAAAAUUAAAAUAAAUUAAACUGAUGAACUUCUUGUUUUAUUAAACAAGACAACAAAUUAUUGAAUCAUUAAUUAUUUUUGCACGUAAAG